UCUCUAUGGCGAGCACCCUCACCCCUCGCCCUUUGCGUUUACAGAGAGCCGCCGGCUAGGGACCUAGAGCGGAUUACAUAAUCCUCGACUCCAUUUCCUCCUCACAACAAACCUGUGAGAGAGAAGCCCACUUUUGUUAUCCAGAAGAGUAAAGGGACCCUUCAGCUCUGAGUGGAGACUUCUCCUGAGCAGGGUAUAAAAAUGGAAGCGAGGAAGGAAGCAGGAAAUGGGAGAAGCGAGGAAUUCUGGGGAAGAAUUCGACAAACCCUGGAAGAGGCUGUGGUCAACUCAGAUGUACAGAACCAAUCAUACCAGCAGGCUGAGGGGCCCCGAGAGUGGCUGCAGGCAGAGAAGCAUGUAAAGAAGCAGAUACUGGAGCUGGUGGUUUUGCAGAAGUUCCUGGCUAUCCUUCCCCAGGAAAUGCAGUCCUGGCUCAAGAAAUGCGACCUUCAGACUUACGACCAGGCAGUGGCCCUGGCAGAAGUUUUCCUGUCAAGGCACCAACAAGAAGAGGAGGAGGAAGAGGAGCGAGGGGCACAGCGGCCAGUGGCCUUUAAAGAUGUGACUGUUUAUUUUACCGGGGAAGAAUGGGCUCUGUUGGAUGCAGGCCAGAGAGCACUCUACAGAGACGUUAUGGUAGAGAAUUAUGGGAAUGUGGCUUCUCUAGGAUAUAAUACCCGAGUGCAGGAAUAUGAGGAGAAUUGUUGGCGGAAAAGACCAGACCAAGCGGAUGUUGAAGAAAGAUUUCUAGAAGGAUCUGAUGGCAAAAGUUUCCAGGGCCCUAAAAUUAAAAAGAUGGCUGGAAUAGAGCUGGUGAGAGACAGUCACCUGCAUGACCAUGUGGAGAGAAAACCCGAACUAGCCUUCAUCUGGGAAGAUGAUGCUGAAAGUUUAGAGUUGGAUGAGGGAUUCUUGAAGUGUGAAACAAUGCAGACAAACCAAGACUUUCAGCAGUGCUCUGAAUUUGUCAAGAAUCUACACUUGUCAGAAAAAGCUUAUAUUUGUUCAUAUUGUGGGGAAACAUUCCAAGGAACUGCAGCCUUGCUUGUGCAUGAGAGAAUUCACAUAGCAGAGAAAAUAUAUAAGUGCUUGCAAUGUGGAAGAACUUACUCUCGUCACUCCGACCUCUUCACGCACCAGAAGAGCCACGCAGGAGAGAACCCACAUCAAUGUCCUUCACAGUGUGGCAAAUGCUCCAGUAUGAAACCCCUCCUGGCCACGCAUCAGAGACCCCAUCCAGCAGGGAAGCUCUCCAGCUCAGGAAUAACAAAGAGGUCAGCCACCAUCGAAGAAGUUUCACGAGGAAAGACAGGUCGCUCUGAGCGAAAGGAAAGUGGACCAAAGAGGUAUCGGACCCGCGGACGGAUGAUGAAGUCAGGCAAGGGGCGGAUAUCUGCAGAUGGAGCUAGAGAACACAAAGCACUGGCUGGUGAUGCAUCACAAUUGCCCUUCCGUUUUGGAAAGGGAAGGAAACUUGCUGACUCCAGUGGCGGUGCAGCGGACGAGGCAUUCUCCUUGGCUGACCAGUAUCUCCCUGUUGAGGAGCCUGAGCCCUCCUCCGAUGACGACUCCCCUUCCUCGCCUUGCAGGUCCAUUGGCAGCUCUCUGGAUUCCUCGCAGAAAGAUGACCAUGUGGUCCAGACUCUGGAGAACCAUGCUGGCAUCGAUGGGGGAACGCUCCCCAUUCUGCAGCCUGAACAUGCUCAGGGGCAGGAGGGAUUCAGUGCUGAACAUGACACACCUUCAGUCAGCAGAACAGACAAUGACAAGGACCCAGUUGCUGGAGAGAUGCGUAAUAGUAACACGGGAGAUGCUGAAUGCUCUAAUCCACCGCCAUCAUUGACAUGGCCAGACCCUGCACCCAGGUUGCAGUCUGCUCAUGGCAGUGCCCCCCUCAGUUUCCACACAAACUUCCACCAGGAGAAAGAGGCAGAGUCGAUGCAAACUCCGCAGACUUUUAUUCGAAAUACUGCGAGUGAAAUCUGUGCUCCUGCAGAAGGAUGUUCGGCAGUCUCUGGCAUCUUUAUGCGGCAAAGGAAGAAUGCUUCCUAUGUGUGGAAAUUCUUCCGCCGUGCACCCAACGAUAGAUUUGUAGUUGUUUGUCAGGAGUGCCAAGCGAGGGUUCGUCUCGGGAAGGAAAAUGGAUGUGGAAAGGUUGGCACUUCAGCGAUGAGGAAGCACAUGGAAGUGCAUCAUUCAAACCUCAUCCCUCAGCAGCGGUGCGUUACUGACUUUGCAACAGCCAGUGCAGCUAGCAAAGGUGCAGUGGAAGGCUCCACAGCAGACCAGAUGUACCACUCUCCAGGAGGACAGUCUUCUUCGUCAGCUUCCCUGAUGUGUCAUCAGGUUACUAUGGAGGAAUCCUUUUGCCUCAAGGCCCCCUUUGGCGCAUCGAGUCAUCAGGCAGCUCAUUACACCUGUGGCGUUGCAGUGUACAUUGCCGAAGCCAUGCUUCCAUUCAGCACAGUGGAGGAAAGAUCAUUCAUUGAACUUUGUGCAACAUUUGCGCCUCGUUGGAAGGUUCCCUCUGGACAAUAUUUUGCCAAGAAGGCAGUUCCAUGUUUGGUGGAAGACAUUAAGGCAGCAGUGCGCCGAGGCAUGCGGGGUGCUGUAGGACGGGUUGUUCACUUCACUAGCGGCAUGUGGACUAGCAAUCAGGACACGUCUUAUCUGUGUGUCACUGCACACUGGGUGGGGUGCAAUGCUGUGGGAGCCCUAGAACACUGGGAUGCUGCUCUGGUUCUGGAGCCAUUGACUCAGAGGCCUAUCGCGAAGAGCCUUGCAUCUCGGCUUCGGUCUGUGGUGGAGGAGUGGUUGUCUCCUCUUGAUCUGAGGCUGGGGAGUGUGACGACCAACAACGGCGGUUCAGAUUACCUGAAGGCUUUCCAAAAUAUGGCCUUUUGCCACAUUAGAUGCACAGCUCACUGCUUGAACCUGGUGGUGACGGCGGCUUUACGCCUGGCACCAGCAUGUGUCACUGAGGUUGUGGACCUGGCGUGUAAAAUUGUCAGUCACUUCCACCAUUCUAGCAGUGCACAGGAAGCCCUGAGAAUGAUUCAGGUGAGGAGGGGCCUUCCUCAGCAUAGACAUCACCAAGAGGUUUGCACUCAAUGGAACAGCACUCUACACAUGCUUCAGAGACUAUGUGAGCAGAAGGAAGCCAUUAAUGAGUACCUGCAGGAGAAGGACUACAGCGACCUCCAUGUUCGCCCUGAUCAGUGGAUUUUAAUGCAUAACAUUGCAGAUUUAUUGUACGCUUUUGACGAGUGCAUGGGGCUUUUGAGCCACAGUGAUGCCACGCUGGGGACAGUUCUUCCUGUAAUCCAUGUGAUAACAGCAGAUGUUGAGGAGAAAAUAGAGUCCUUUGCCAGUGGCUCUGUCACAUCUCUAUCGUCAGUGGCCUUUGGGAAUGUGGUGCUUGAGCAGCUCACCAAAACCAAGCAGUUGUGUGCCAUGUCUGUCAGUGUUACAUACCAUGCAGCCACGUUUCUUGAUCCACGGUUCAGAGACAAAAUCAGGAUUUACCUGGGGGAGAGGGCAGAAGAGAAUUAUAAUGCGAUGCAUGCCUACAUUUUGGAGCAGACCACACUGUACUGCCGGGAGAGAGCUGCGAGCAUGCGGUGUGCCGGGACCGUGCUGGGGGAAGAGAUCUCAUCCCAGGACAGGCUUUUAUUUGAAAGAGCUCUGCAGAACAGCCAAAGCUCCGUCUUCUCAAGAGGAGUCCUGAAACUGGGUCUCUGCGGUCCUACUCCCCGUGUGGUCAGACAAAGGGCGUUCCUUGAGCAGGAGCCAGAGGUCAGUGCCCGCCAAGAACUUGAAGCGUACAUUGGGGAUGAUAUUCCAGUGGAGUUCUUACUGCCGGACAGCAAUCCGUUGCAUUACUGGGAAGCAAAGUGUGGCGUUUGGCCCUGCUUGUCCUCUGUGGCCAUUAGCACACUGGCCUGUCCGCCGACUAGCGUUUCCUCUGAGCGCCUUUUCUCCAUUUCAGGCAGCAGCGUCACAAAGCUUCGGGCACGGCUGUCUCCUGCUACUGUUUCCACUCUGUCCUUUGUACGAUCCAAUAGGAAGUGGAUUCCAAGUGAGCACUGCCCUCCAGAAUGCAUUGGUGACGAUUAUGCACCCUCUCAAUGGGCUAACACCACAGUGGCAACGAACAGCGCAGAUGAAGGGGAGGAUGCUGCUUCCAUUAUACUGGAGCUGUUUGUACCCGAUGAAGCAUCCUGUGGGGUGGAGGAAGACAUGUGAUGGUUAUUGUUGGAGCCUGUUGUGUGUAGUCUCAAAUAAUAUAUUCUUCUCUCAUGGUUUAUGAGAAAAUCCAUCAAUCAGUCAAUGCAUGCUGCUUCCCACAGUGCUGGUCCCCUCCCACUGCAUCGCCUGCCUGAGAGUACUCAUUGGUAUUCACCCAAGGAGAAUCGGGGCCCAAGGGCCUUCCCGUGUCUUCUUUUCUACGUAUUUUUCAUCUCUAUCCCCGGGUCAAAUCUCUUAGCGAUUUCUUGGAUUCUUAGUGGCUGAUAGCAAUUCACACAAGUACUGUGGUUUGUAUCCUAUCCGAAAUAAAGUUUGCUUUG